CAUUCUUAUCCCUUUUCUUGCGAUACACACUGAAUUAAUGAAAGCUGCCAUUUGCUUUUUCUUUUUUUUAAAGUCCUGACUUUAGAUUUUUAAACAAUUUUAGUUAAUGCCCAACAUCACAGUGCUGGCACAUUUUAACAUGAACCCAGUCACUGAAUGUUGUAAUUUUGCUUUUGUGCGUUUUUUAGCAUUUUUAAAUCUUUGGUUUUCUAAAUACUUGGCGGGGGGAAACUAGUCAUCAUAAUAUUGUUGAUGUAGUAUAGGUAUUUGAAAGGCAUGGAUGCAAUGUAUUGAUGAAAAAUACUAGCCUGGUAUUUUCAGGACUUAUUUGUCUUUAAAGUAUAUGCAAAAGAAGCCUUUUGUUGCAAUGAUCUUUUUGUUUUUCCUUGAAAAAAUAGAAUAGGAAGAAAGACUGCCUAGAAGGUAAUUGUGACUUGGAAACAUAAAGUUGCAAACUGGGAAACUUCAAAAUAUUGACAGCAUUGAAAGAGAAUGAAAAGUACCACUUGCUGAAUCUGAAUAAUGUUUCCUUUUGGAUUUUAAUGGGCAAACUCAAGCUGUAUGAUAGGUGUAAUUCCCAUUUUUUUUUAGAUGUACACCUGAUUUUCAUGUUUGUUAAUGCCCAUUCAGCCUUCAGUGUCAUGGCCAGUUAGUUGUAAAAACAUGCGGACCAGUACUAUAUAAUCAUUCUCAUACACCAUCUUCAUCUGUGGUCUCCCAGAGGUCUCAGAUAACUAGCCGGUAGCUUGCAUGAUGAGCACAGAGAUCAGAGUGAUAACCGUAAACUGCAUUAAACGUUUCUAGGAAAAGAGCAUUCUAAGACCUUUGAGAGGUCUAAUCUUGUGAAGACCAAGUAUACACCAUGAUUUUGGAUUGAUCACAACUAAGCACUGUGGGUAUGCACAUUAAGAGCAGAAAAAGUCCACUGCCUAGGAGUCUGUCUUGUUUUCUAGCUGCCUUGGUUUUACUCCAGAACCAGCAUGCUGCAUCAGAUAGCUUUGUUGGCCACUGUUACUAUUUUGGGAGUCUUGGAACAAGCCUAUUUUGCCAUGCAGGUGAUCUAUGCUAGACGGAAAUGCAAAAUCUCACCUCCUCUAACUUCGGGUCCACCAGAAUUUGAAAGGAUCUUCAGAGCCCAAGCAAAUUGCUCAGAAUACUUCCCAAUAUUUCUCUCACUUUUAUGGGUGGCUGGAGUCUUUUCCAAUCAAGUUUUGGCUGCAUUUUGUGGGUUAAUUUACCUGUAUGCUCGCUAUCAAUACUUCAUUAGAUAUGCACAUUCAGCUCAAGGAAGGUUGGGCCCUAUGUACUUCAGUGCUGGUGUCCUGUGUGUUCUUAUUGCUUUGUCUGUGGUGGGGCUCACUGCCCAUUUUAUAGCAUUCCCUUAUUUUAAAUUCUAGCACUGAGCUGCCAAGUGUCCUCCUCAUGACAAGCAGCCCUGGAUAUUUUGCACCAUCAUUCUCCACUCUAUUUUUUUUCUCAGAUUAAAGUGCCUGUACCUCAAUAGUUUAACAAGCAGUUCUGUGGAAGGUCUUUUCUGAUCCAUGUUAAUGUUGCUAUUGGCUUUAAUUUUAAAAAUAUUUGGAUCAGCUUCUGAGUCUUGAAGAGAGUGAGAUUUAGACUUACCGUAUAUUUACACAAGGAAGUAUUCUGAGCAAUGCUUGUGAAAUGUUCUGUGUAUAUCUAGGAUUGCUACUAGGACAUUGCUUGAAUUCAAUUUUCUGAUUAAAUGAUGCCUGUAUGAAACAACGCCCUACUUUCAGUUGCGGGUCCCAGCUAAAGCCAGGUCAGCACUUACUGAAGUUCCACUGGCACAAGGGGUCUUACUGUAGUUGCGAGUAACAACUGGAUUUAGCCCUCUAUUCCCAUAAAUGGACCGAAGAGGGAUUCACAUUUUAUAAGUCGAAGCUUGCAAUUCUCUAGAUGGUGGAAAUUUCAGCUUUCACAAUGCGGACACAUUUUUGAAAUUAUUUCAAUCUCUAAGUAAAGCUUGAACAGCUGUUAGCAGUACAUAGUGGCUACUAUUGUUUUAUAAUGUACAGCUGCAGCUUCUUUGCUUGACAACUGUUGUGCCACAAAUCUAAGAAACAUACACGUUUGUUGACACAAUUUUGCCACAACUCUCGGCCACAGUGCAGAAACAGACAAACGAUCAACUUGUUCAGGCUUCUUGCACACACCUACUUGCAUCAAAUAUGCAGGCAAAACCAAAAACCUCUCCAGCAAGUACAAGCCUUUAUACCUGCAGUGAUGGUGCAUGGAGUACCAGCAAGUUUGGCAAAGGAGGUUUUCAACCAAAUUGGGGGUGGGACGUCUGCUGUUUUCUGCUCUUCUGAACAGGAAUGAUAAAGUGAAUCACAGAUGCCCAAAAUAUUUAUCUCCAUACAGGUUUGUGUGUAAGCGGCCACAUCUAUGUAUUUGCACUAUGUAUUUCAAAGCGUCCUCUAUCCAGUCUAUACUAUAGACCUGUUCCAGAAAUGAAGUUAUGAAAAGAUGUUUUUCUUUUUUUACUUGGAAACAUGAAGUAAAUUAGUCAUCUUUUUUUAGGAGAUAGGGCAUAGAUAUAUAUUUUGCUACUUGGCGGAUAUCUUUUGGAUAAACAUUGUAAAGAUGUGCGGCAAUAGAAAACAAAAGACCUGGCUUUGGAAAUGGGAAAGCCUGUUAAAUAAGACAUCUUCUCUAUUACAAAAUCUCUUGUAGCUGCAGC